CCCACCACGAACGCCGCCAUCGCACUUAAGAACCGUAGCGUCCACUCAACAAUGCAGCCCACAAAACUCCGAUUUUCCGCAUACCCUUCCUCUCCCGGAACUCUCAGUGGAUAGGGCCGUUCAUGCACCUCCGCAGUAUUAAAAUGACACGCCGCGGAGAUGGUGUACGCGCCACGCAAUUCCAUGUCCUUCGUACGACCCAAAUUCAACCUCGGAUACGAGCCCCAUGUUACGGAGGGUGUGCGCACCCUCCCUCAGGCAAUCGAGUACAAUGCCCGGUUUAACGGUGACAGGGUAUUCGCACUGCAACUGCAUCCUCAAUCACAAGACAGCGAUGAGAUAGGGAGGAAGAUCACCUUUGCAGAUCUCGCGCACGGUGUGGAUGUGGCAGCCAAGUGGUUAGUCGAGCGCGGGGUGGGCGGCGAUGAAGAGAAGGGAGGAAUCGCGGUCCUCAUGGGAAGCGACGUGGGGUUGUUCAUCUGGGUGGCGGCAGGUAUGAGGGUCGGGGUGCCUGUUCUCCUUCUCUCUGCGCGACUAACGCCCGUCGCAAUCGACCAUCUGCUCUCCAAGACGGAGCCCAACCCCAGACUGGUGCUCACAUCACCUCUCACAUCUCGACUUACUCCUUCUCCUGCCCCAGCUGCACCGACAUGGGUCGAGGCCCCAACCUACACGGAACUCCUCUCAAAAGCGUCAGCGUCGAGCAUCGCUCUACCGCCCCAUCCCCCCUCCAACACCACCGAACGCACAGCCAUCAUCCUCCACUCUUCUGGGACGACCGGCCUCCCGAAGCCCAUCUACCACGCUCACGGAUACGUCCUCGGAUAUGGCCAAGACCAUCUCUUCACGCAUGAACAUGUCGAGGCACUAGGAUGGAACGUGUCCACAUUGCCUCUAUACCACGGCUUUGGACUGUUGGCGCCCAUGAUGUCGCUGAGCAUCGGACUACCCUUCGUACUCCCCGGCGCUGGCACGAUACCAACCGGAAGGGGACAAUUGAAGGUUCUGGAUGCGCUCUGUGCAAACGCCGGACAUACGAAUGGGGUGAAAGCGGACGGCAUCACGAAUGGCUACUUGAACGGAACGAUGACGCAUACGGUCCUCAAUCGCGUCGGUUUGAUGCUUUCCGUCCCCUCCGUUGUCGAGGAUCUCCUCACGAUACCUGGUGGCGUCGACGCACUGAAGCGUCUCGAUGUGCUCGCAGUAGGUGGCGCCCCGUUGAAGGAGGUAACCGGCGAAGAGCUGGUGCAUCGAGGAGUCAAGCUCCUCAAUCAUUGGGGCGCCACGGAAAUCGGAGCCAUCGCUGUCGUCCAACACGUUCCUGCAAACUACGACUGGCACUACCUCAUCCCACGACAGGACAUCCCACUCACGUUCACUCCUCUUGGCAAGGGUACAUACCGACUAAGUGGUCGCGCGCCAGGCUGGGAGGAGGACUACGUCGUGCAGGAUCACCUACUCGGUAACCCAGCCAAGGAGAAUCAAUAUCGUAUCCUCGGUCGUAGUGACGAUCUUGUCGUUCUCGCUAACGGGGAGAAGGUCCGUCCAAGUGGCAUCGAACAGGCGCUGGGAGAGUGCCCUGGAGUAAGGGGCGUCUUGGUGUUCGGACAGGGAAGGGAAGGAUGUGGUGUCCUCGUCGAAGUCGAUGGCGAACCAUCAGCAGACUUUGACGCUUUUCUCGGAAAAGCAAACGAGCUGGCUGACAAGCAUGCCAAGGUACCGAGGGAGAUGGUCGUUUUCAUUAACCCUGGUGGGUUGGUGAGGACGGAUAAGGGGAGUAUCGCGAGGAAGGCAAGCUGGGAGAAAUGGGAGAAGGAGAUUGUGAAGAGCUACGAAGACGCAGAGCAGGAAGAGGAGCCGAUUAUGGAUGCGGAUGCGGGUGUAUGGGUCGCUCGGGUGCUGAACGAAGUUUUGGGCUAUGACAUUCCUGAAACGAAAGACUUUUUUGAGUGUGGAAUGGACUCACUCCAGGCUGCCCGGAUACGGAGGAGGAUCGGACGUUCGCUGAGAGUCGACGUCGAGACCGAUUUCGUGUAUCGGCAUUCGACAGCAAGCAGGCUUGUGUCCGCAAUAGAGAAAGUGAGGGCAGGGACGUAUGUUUCUGAAGAAGUGGGGAGAGAAGAAAAAAUGCGUAGGAUGCUGGAGAAGUACCGGGCGGAGAUGCUUGGAAACAAGGUGGUCCUGCUCACUGGUUCAACGGGAAGCUUGGGCUGCUUCCUGCUAGCGAGACUGGCCAAUGAUCCCGAGGUCAAACGUAUUGUGUGUAUCAACCGGCGCGGAGGACGCGAGAGGCAGGAGGCGGAAAUGCAAAGACGGGGCGCUGGUGUCAUCAACUGGUACAAGAUCCACAUGCUCGAAAUUCCCGAUCUUGGAGACGUCGACGACCAGCUGGACGAUGUCAGCGAUGACGUGACGCACAUCAUCCACAAUGCGUGGCCGGUCAACUUUUCGCGGGGCUUGGAGAGUUUCGAAGGACAUGUACGGGGCUUGGUCAACCUGGUGAAAAUAGCCCGGAGGUCUUCAGCAAAGAACGUACGCGUCCUAUUCGCUUCGUCAAUUGCUGUCGUCGGUCGGUAUCCCUCUCAGCCUGUACCGGAACAGCCUGUCCAGCCAGAGUCGACGGCUGAGUUUGGGUACCCCGAAGCCAAGUGGGUGUGUGAAGAGCUUUUGCUCUCGCUUGAGGGGAAGGUCCGAGGGAGCUCGGUGAGAAUUGGGCAGAUGACGGGGGCGGAGGGAGCCGGGGCUUGGAACGAGAGCGAGCAUUUCCCUGUGGUGGUGGGUGCGAGCAAGGCCAUCGGAGCGCUCCCUAGGCUUGAGGGUACGCUCUCUUGGCUGCCUGUCAACCGCGCCGGUGAGAUCGUCGUCGAGCUCUUGUUUUCGGACCGCUUCAAGCCGAUAUACCACAUGGAAAACCCUGCUCGGCAGGAGUGGACGGCUGUUAUCGAUACUCUGGCGGAUGUACUUGGGAUACCGGUUGUGGGAUAUGCGGAGUGGCUCGAGAGGGUGAGAGGCAAUGAGCAGGUGAAUAAGCUGAUUGAGUUUUUGGAGAGGGAUUUCGAGCGGAUGGCUGCUGGGGGUGUCGUGCUUGGGACGGAGGAGGCGAGGAAGGAUUCGAGGGGGAUGAGAGAGUCCGGUGUGGUGGGACGGAAGGAAGUUGAGGAGUACGUUAAUUAUUGGAGGCGCGUCGGCGUGCUCUAAUGGAACGUUGCUUCGCGUAUUUGCAUUACUUGUAAUAAUAUCAUAGACUUCACGAGCUGGCACCUUUUUUAGAUUUACUGCGAGGAAUAGCAUAGUGGUGCGUCAAAUAGGGAUACCCACCUAACCCGUACCGUCAACACCUCAUGUCCACAGCUCAACGGUACAAUACGGUAUAUAUCACCCCUUUGUGGGCUUUGGUUGUG